AUGUGUCACUAUUGCAAAAAGAAGGGGCACUUGAAGAAGAUGUGUUUGCAGAAAAAGAAGCAAAUUAACCAAAUUUCUGAUGAAAAGGAAACGUUACGGCAAAAUACUGACUGUAAGGUAGAAGACUUAUUCCAAAUUAGUUGCUUAAACAACAAAGCUGAGCCAAGACGUAAAAUACUUUGUUCUUUAGAUGUGGAGGGUGAACUAAUUUCUUUUGAAAUUGAUACAGGCUCGCCUGUAAGCAUAAUCAGUCUGGCUGACGCAAAGAAAUAUUUUUCGAAAGCUAAAGUGAAGGAGAGUGAUACAAGCUUCUAUAGCUAUUGCAACACAAGGUUGGAAUGUUUGGGAUACAUUGACGUCCAGGCUGUAGAGGCAGAACUUGACAAGCAGGUGAGUGAAGGAUUGUUGGAAAAAACGGAUAAGAGCGAAUGGGCUUCACCCAUAGUCGUGGUACAAAAAGUGGAAGGCAAAGUGCGAAUCUGUGGCGACUACAAGCUUACGUUGAAUCCUGCACUACGCAUAGAUGAACACCCACUACCGACAAUAGACGAACUCUUCAGGAAUACGGCAGGAGGUACAAAGUUUACAAAGAUUGACCUGUCAAAGGCGUAUUUACAAUUGCAAAUUCAUCCGGACGAUCGGCACCUGCUAACAUUGAGCACCCAUCGAGGCUUAUACCAACCUACAAGGAUGAUGUUCGGCAUUGCUUGCGCUCCAGCGGUUUGGCAAAGGUUCAUGGAGAAGUUGGUGGGAGACAUUCCGGGAGUUACUGUGUUCCUCGAUGACAUCAAACUUACUGCACCCGACGAUGCAACACACCUUGAACGAUUGGAAGAAAUCUUACGCCGUCUAGAUAAUCACAAUAUGAGGGUCAACCUUGGUAAGUCACAAUUUUUAGCAGAUCGUAUUGAGUACUGCGGUUAUCUCAUAGAUAAACAAGGCAUCCACAAAAUGAAACAAAAAGUGGAGGCUAUUCAAAACAUGAAAACGCCAACCAACAAAGACGAAGUCCGCUCUUGCUUGGGAUUGUUGCAGAAUAAAGUUGAGUUCAAUUGGGAUGCCAAAUGUGAAAAUGCCUUACAGUCAAUAAAAGACGUUAUGCAAUCGGACAUUGUGCUGACCCACUAUGAUCCUAAAUUACCAAUUACACUAGCUGUGGACGCGAGCCCGACCGGGGGGGCGGAGAACACCAACGCCGAUGCAAUGUCGAGGUUACCUUGCCCGGAAAAAUACUAUUGUAUUGAAGAGGUGGAUAUUAUUGAGUACGAAGCGAUACAAAACAGGCCAGUGACCGUAGAGGAGCUAAGUACAAAAACAAAAGCAGAUCGGGAAGUACACAAAUUGGUCGAAUGUCUUAAAUAUGGUCGCGAAUGCGAUGCAAAGGACCGAUUUGGAGUAGAACAGGUGGAAUUUACGCUACAGAAAGGCUGUCUUUUGCGUGGUAUCAGGGUCUACAUACCAAAACCCUUACGCAAGCGAGUACUACAGGAACUACAUACAGCUCAUUUCGGAAUGUCGAAAAUGAAAAGUCUUGGUCGAGCGUAUUGUUGGUGGCACAACAUGGAUAGAGAUAUCGAAAACUUGGUAUCGAAUUGCAACGCAUGCCAGUUGGUAAGAGCAGAACCGAAGAAGAAUACACCAGUGCAUUGUUGGGCAACACCUACAAAGGUGUUCGAAAGAGUCCAUGCGGACUAUGCAGGCCCAAUAUUUGGAAGGUACUUAUUCGUACUUGUAGAUGCGUUUAGCAAGUGGCCCGAAGUACAUAUUGUCCCGAAUAUGAAUACUGAAACUACAAUACAACGGUGCGAAGAUAUUUUUGCUACUUUCGGGUUGCCCAACGUUUUCGUGAGCGACCAUGGAACGCAGUUUAAUUCAAAGGCGCUCCAAAGUUUCUUGAAAAACAACGGCAUCACACAUAAACAAGGCGCACCGUACCACCCCGCGACUAAUGGCCAAGCGGAAAGGGUUGUGCAAACGGUAAAGACCAAACUACGUUCAGCUAAUUGCACUUCGAAUAGUAUGAAUCGCGAGCUGGCAAACAUUCUAAUGGCUUAUCAUCGAUCAAUUCACCCUGCAACAGGAAAAUCACCCGCGAUGAAUAUGAAUCCCAAGUAA